UUUCUACGUAGUAUUUCUCCACCGACAAGCUCCUCCAUCAAUUUUCCCGUCGAUCAGCCAUGUCCAACGACGGAACCCUCCCCCUGAAAAUCCUCACCGACGUACUCUCUCGACUGCCCGUCAAAUCUCUCUGCCGAUCCAAAUGCGUUUCUCCCUCCUGGAACUCCCUAAUCUCUUCCCCCUGCUUCGCCAAAACCCACCUCAAUCGAACCAAAACCCUUAAAAACCCCAAUCAAAAAAUCCUCAUCGUGGCCGACAAUCUACUCUACUCCGUAGACAUCGCCGACAGAAAUCCCACCGCCACAAAGCUUAACCUCCCUACGGCGGAACAACAACCACCAGAGGAUUGGGUACGCGUUUACAACUCCGACGAUGGUUUGGUGCUAGUCUCCCGUCGAUCCGGAGCCGGCACCGAGUUGUUCUUGUUGAAUCCAUCCACUAGAGAAUGCAAGAAACUCCCCGUAUUUCCUUUUGUCCUCGAUUCCGCUAAUUCUUUCCACACGAAUCUAUGCGGCGUGGGAUACGAUUCUUCCACGGAUGAUUACAAGGUUGUGAUGGUCUCCCCCGCAUGGUCUCAAUCCUCCCCCCAGUGGGCUGGUGUUUCGACCGUGGCCGUCUAUUCGCUGGAAACUGAUUCUUGGAGGAGAAUUCAGGACACCAACUUUACCUAUGUGGGGAGCACCGGUAGGGUUUUUGUCAAUGGAUGUCUCCAUGGCAUUUGUUGGAGGGAUGGUUCCCAUGUGAUUGUUGCCUUCGAUUUGUCAAAUGAGGUUGUACGGGAAGUGCCACAACCGGCUUUGUAUAUUGGAUCCGAUGUUACGCUUUAUAGCGUUGCAGUUCUCGGGGGUUGUCUCUGUUUGGUUCAUAAGCAUGCAUCUGAGUUUUGGAAGAUGGAGGAGUACGGGGUAAGAGAGUCGUGGACGAAAUUUAAGAUCCGGUCUCGGUCCUUGUUUUUGUUAGGGGAAGACGAAUUUUUAGUGAACACUACUCCGGGGAGACGACCUAAGCAACUGGUUGUGUACAAUUCGCGAGAAGACACAAUGAGGAACAUGGAGGUUUGUGGCAUUCAGGAAGUGUUUUUCUUUGAGGGCACCUAUGUGGAGAGCCUCAUCUCUCCUCAUCAUGGAGGAGGGAUUGGGAGGCAAUGAAUGAGAAGCUUCUUCAGGAGAGAUUAUCCACUGUUCAUGCAGCAAUGUUCAACUUUGUUCCCGGCACACAUUGAUACGAGACGUGGGUAUCAUGAUAGAACUCACAUCAAUGUGUGGCAAAAGAUGUGGCUCCCGUUCUAGGGGCACUGAGACGAUUGAAGUGUACAUCAAGUCAUCAACUUACUGGCUAGGCCUACAAAGGUUGAAAUUCCAGUUUUACUAGCUCAGCAAGGAGGAGCAUGUGAAGGACCUUAAAGGACCUUUGAAGUCAGCUCAAGCGGUUUGUACCUUUUGAUUUCAAAAGAAAGGUUUGUAAUUAGAGCUCAUGACAUUGUUUUGAGUUGUGUUAAGUUCACUAGCUUAUCUAUUUUAUGGAAUGGAGAACAACUUCCCAAAUUUCUUCCUGGUAGAGGCAUUAGACUAGGGGAUCUUAUCUCCCCUUACCUUUUUGUCUUGUGCAUGGAAAGACUAUCUAUUCUCAUUAGAAAUGAAGUGCACCAUAAGAGAUGGUGUGGUGUGAAAACUUCUAACAAUAGUCCUUUAGCCACUUGUUUUUUGCUGAUGAUAUAUAUGGUUAUUUGCUAAAUCUUAUAGUGAUAAUUGUGAUUCCAUUAUGGAUACUCUUCAGUCCUUUUGUGAGGCUUCUGGCCAAUAUUAGAAGAGGUUAUGCUACUGGUUUAUGUCUCUGUCUUACCCAUGACCUUGGUCAUUACCUUGGGGUUCCCCUCCUCCAUGACAGAGCUUCUAAGAGACGAUACGAGUACAUUAUUGAGAAAAUAAAGAAAAUACUGUCUGGUUGGAAAGCCAAUUCUUUUGUGGGGAGGAACACUCUUGUCCAAUCUCUGACUGCUACUAUUCCUAAUCGCUAGCCUGCUGCUUCUCCUUAUCUUAGGUGACUUGCCUACGAGUUCUAAUAACUCACUAAACCCAUCAACCCCUGGGAUUUGCCCAGAAGAAAAAUCUCUAACUCGGUAAUUUGUCUGCUUUGUCUGUUCUGCUGGUAUACGAUAGAGAGUGAGAGGGCAAGAAGAGGAAGGCUAUACUAUGUUUAUAGUGUUACGAAUAUCAUAAAAGUCAUUGCUACAAUGUUUAAGAACCAAAAGAAGUGUUAUUCUUGGUUUAACUUACUUCGUGAUGUCUAAUCAUCUGCAUUCAUAUUUAAGCAUGGAUCUUUCUAGCUGUUUGAAUUGGAUGAUCUGCUGCAUGACUGCAUCCAUUCAUCUGGGGCGGAAUGGAAACCAUUCUGAAAGCACAAAAUCAAAGAAGAAGAAGAUGAUGAUGAUAUCGGGUGCUGGUGAUUUUGCUUGUUGAUCGGAUAUCUAAGCUUUUGGAUCCACCACAUACUAUCUUUUCUCUCUUAAAGGAGGAUACUCAAACUAGUGUCUUUUCCUGGAGAUUGCGACAAGUGUACCAACCCCCACUUAGAUUUUUGUGCAACCGACUUCUGAGAAGUACUCCCUCUUCACAAUAAUUCAACUUCCACAGAGGGAGAAUGGAUCAUAGAAGAAACUACAAUGAAGUUCAUGAAAUUUGCGGACAGAGCUUUGCUAAGGUAUCGCGAGGGACGAUAAGGCUCCGGAUAAUGACCCGUCCAACCAGGAUGAAUUCUGUUCUUGGCAAGUGGAUCAAAACAGCUGUUCAAGACCAUGCUAAAGAACUAGAACUCCGCAUUAAACCUCGGGUGUGUCCAAGGUAUUCUUUGAAGUUUAAGAUUCAAGCAUUCAGUUUUAGUCGUUUCAGUUUUUUAUUUGGUUUAUUUGAUUAGCUGUAAAUUUCAAUCUCAAAUUAGUAGUGUAUACUUCUAGUUGCAAAACUAAAAGAUAUGUCCACAUUGAAAAGAUUACUUACGGCUCUGUAAAUAGAUGCGAUAUUGUUAUCUAUUCCAUUUCUCUA